AAAUACUUAAAUGUAAAAUUAGAAAAUCAAUAAAACACUAUAAAAAAACUUUGAAAUAAUGGCAAUGAAUUAUGCAUAUAUACUAUAAUGUUGAAAUCCCAAGUUUUCGCACCCCCCGGAAUAUCGUCUUAAUAUUCCUUUCUCUCAUUCUAGCAAAUCUAUAUAUUCUCAAAAGGUAAUAGUAAAGACAGUUUCAAGCUACCCAUGGUAGCUUCAUGAACAUGUCCAUAUAUUUUUCUUGGCAGCAAUAGGCAGGGGUUUAUCAUUACUUUCUUCCAGGAUGUUUUUGGGCUUCCCAAUCUAACCUGUAAGCCUAGCUAAUCUUGCUUAGCUUCUGAAGCAACAGGGAAGCUGCUACUUGCUGUGGGGACAAAUAAAUAAAUCCAAAGUAAGCUGCAGACAACCAUACAUCACCAAAAGCAUAAGUAGGUGUGGGAUAGGGACUAACUUCUUAUCUAUCUCUUCUUUGGGUUUUAUCAAAAAUAAGUAGCUUUUUUAUCAGUGGAAACUUGAAAUGUUUACCUGGGACUUCCUACAACAGGAAUCCUCAACUGUUUUUUAUUGGUCUAAUGCAGAGGAGGGGGAACUAUAGCCAUCACCCUUUUAUACCCCUUGUGGAUGUCUGUUCCUAGAAUUCCCAACAUGGCUGGCUCAGGAAUUCUGGGAGUUGAAGUCCACGAGUCAUAAAAGGACCGUAGUUCCCCAUCCCUGGUCUAAUAGAAUGCAUGGGUAGCCUUGAGGAAAAAGAAGAAAGAUGCUACCUAGAAAACAAUCAUUCAAGAGGGGCAAGAAUCGCUUAACAAUCACAAAAAAGAAAUUGAAAAAGGACCCAUCCUAAUGGAUCAGGAAGUUAAAAUUGUUGUGUGGGAAGUCUGUACUUUCAGAUUUGUAAGAUUCUGGUAAUGUAGCUUUACAUUAAGAGGAAUUAGUUCAUUUAGUCCCAUUUCCUGUCUGGUUUACUUCGGAGGGCUGACAAUUGGGCAGAAACGUGAGGUUCCUGGAGAAUAGUUUUCUUCUAGAAUUCUUGCUGACUGGGAAAUUAUCCAAAGAAUAACAUCCAAGACUUUUUGCAAGAUAACAUUGGUCUGGAAGCAAUGUGAGAAAGAGGGUGGUUAUAGAUAAACUCUAAAGAGCCCUUAUCACUUUAAACUGGAAAGAUCUGGCUGUGGAUGACAAGGUAGAGAACUUUCACCACCCAGACAUUUGAUAAAUAGAUUAGACCAAAUAUUCUCCUCUCCUACUUAAGUAUUUUAAAAAAGUUUUUGUAGUUACUUAAAUUUAUGGUUACAUCUAUACAUCAGGAACCUUAAUAUGUAUAUUGCAGGCAGUGACCCAAAGUAUUUUUUUCCAAAGGUUUUGAGAGGGCAAGAAAAAUGAUUUUUUUUAUAUGUUAAAGGGGGGCAUAGUGCUUUUUUAGAUUAUGUGGGGAAUGGGGGACAAAACAUCAAUAGCUUCUUUGGGAGAUGUGAAUUUACUAUUAGCAGAAGAGGUAGCCUAUGAUAAAUGUUUUAAAACACAAUAAACCAGAACCUUUUAAGUUUACAAAAUGGCUCAGUGGGGACAGUGAGGCAUCAAUCGUAUUCAACCAAUCCUUGUGACAUUCAGCAGUUCUCCUGACUCAUGACUCCUUAUGAAGCAACUUACAUGCUUCUUCAAGACUUUACUUUGUGGCGAAAGGGAGAAUGGAAAAACUGUCUACCGUACUAUUUCACAAUGAUAAAUCAAUCUGAGAUAUCUAUUUACAAGGACCAUAAAAUGCAAACGGUGGUGCUAUUAAUUGCUUUCACCAUCCCAAAGGUGAUAUGUCUUUCUGAAUUAUUAUUGCUGACCAGAUAUCCAUAAUGGGAAACAAAGAAGUACUAGGGUAAAAGUGAAUUAAUUCUUACAUUGCCUUUUUGUGGACAAGUUAUAUGUCAUGCCUCAGGGUCAUUCAAGAAUCGCAGCUUGUGACUGUCCAUUAAGAUCAUAGUUUAUUUUAUAUAGUGUGUCAUAUAAUCUCAUAUAGGGCAAAGUUUCUAGAGAUUAGGAAACACUCUACUGGGCAGUAUAUGCUGAGGCUUGUUUAUUUCCACCUGAUAAGUUACAAAACUUUUCAAAAUCUUUGAUGUCAAAUAUCAUGCCAUUUAAAAAUAGGAUAAAGAGGGUCAAUUUAAAUCUGUGAUAAAUAUUUUUACACUGACUUGUUUUAAGUAUAAAAGUCUGUUUCUAAUCUAUAAAUCUUGUUACAGGUUAUCCUCCCUUAAUGGUCAUUCAGUGACUGUUCAGAGUUACAAUGGUGCUGAAAGAAUGCUAGUUACAACUGGUCCUUGAAGUUAUGGCCGUUGCAGCACCCCUUCGUCAUGGGUGCACAACUCAGGCAUUUAGCAGCCUGCAUGCAUUUACAACCACAGCAUAGUCUUCAAGUCCUCCCUGCCUACCUCCUCCCAUCUCUGCCCCUUUUGGCCACCUGCAGUCCACUGCCCUUGCUGCCUCCUGUUGGUUUUCCCCAUCUUUUCCCCCUCCCACUGGUGAUGAGGGGUGUGUGGCUGAGGCAGCUGCUGAACCCUUCACAUGCUUGUGCUCUGCCACCCCCACCAGUGCCCCCAGGUGACUUUUGCCAUCUUCUUCCUGCUUCUGAUGAGAUGUAUCCAGCUGAGGCAGCUGCCAGCACUUUGGGAAGGUGUCACAAAUGUCCAGCAGCAGCAACAGCAGCAGGAGAAGAUGGCAAAGGGCAGCUAAAGGAGGUUCUGGGUAUAUGGCAGCAGCAGAGUGCAGGAUGGCUAAAAGGGCAGAAAUGGGAAGGAGAUAAGUAGGGAAUUGAGUCAGAGGUGAGUGCAGUAGGGCAGUGCAGUCUCAUCUGCCAAAGGAAACUAAUUGGUUCUGGAUUGGGAGGGAGCAGUGGGACAGAGCAGGCAGUUUGCCCAGGGCAGAAGCAAUAUCAGGUUCUCACCUAAUGACUGCAGUGAGGACUAUUGAAUUGCCAUUGCUGAGCAUGUGGUCACAUGAUUUUUUGCCUAAUGACUGCUUCGUUUAGCAAUGGAAAUUCCGAUCCCAACUGGGGUCAUUAAGCAAGGAAUUUCUGUAAAUCAAGUGCAAUUCUAAGGGAGUUUUUUUCCCCCUGAAAAAAGUAAAUUAAUACAAACAUUAGUAAUGUUUAGUGUAUAGUCAAGAAGGCAUUUUGUCUUAUCUGUGAUAAAUUUACUUUAAAAGACAAUAUAUUUAAAUGCAUAGAAUGAUGUUUAGAAUAGAGAAAACAAAUGCGACAUAUUGAAGGGUGUUGUAAUCUAGCUAACCAAACAGCUUUUAUUUAUUUGUUAAUUUUUUAUGCCAUCCAUCUCUCCUACAAAGUCAUUUUGGGUGGCUUGGGGCAGCUAUGUCUGGAAUGAAUUUAUUAUAGGCUAUUUUCACCUUUUUCUUAAUCUUUUGCAACAAAUAAUUUAGAUAUCCUAUGGGAACUAUCAGUUCCUUCUCUUCAACAUGAUGUUUGUGAGAGAGAGAAAGAUGGUAAAGAUAAUAAAGGAGGUCUCAGAAAGAAAAUGGAUGGUUCCAGCAUUUUUUGACUAUUGUUUCAUCUGGGUUCACCAUGCACCUUACAUUCCCUGGAGGAAUGCUGCUGUGGAAAAAAAGGGAUUUAUCACCCUGUUUUGGGUUAUUGUGAUAAAAGGAAAUUUGUAAAGUUUUAAGUUGGAUGUUUUAAAUUUCUUUCAUUCUGUUUUUCUUUGCAGUAAUCUAUUAAUUGGGCAAAUAGGUUAACAGACUAUUCAAAAAAUAAUUAUUUUGUCUUCUAUGAGGAGCAGAGGAGUGGGUGGCCUAGCAUAAGUGUGGGUGAGCAAGUGGGGGCUGCGCAAUGUGGUAGGAGGACAGGUGAGCCCAGGGCCCCAUGCACCCUGCAGCCUGGGGAUUCCUCUGGAGAAAAAGUGGCAGGAGCACCUUCAGAAGCAACUUGUGACCUUCCCUGCUGAUAUUGUUUGUGGAAAACUGGCAAGGAAGAUGGCAAAUGUGUGUGACUGUGGGCUACUGCAGCCAUCGUAAGUGCAAGCCAAUCGCCAUGUGCCUGAAUCGUGAUCCUGUGACCGUGGGAACAUUGUGACAUAAGGACCAGUUGUGAUCUUUGUGACAGGAUGGCUGAUCAACAUCAGGACUUCAGUAUGACAGAGGAUCAUUUGGUGAGCCAAGCUAGGUGGAAUCCAUCAGGCACUCCCCUCCAUAUACCAGUUGAUGAUGGAUCUGAUGAACCAGGGUCUGAAGCUUCUGAUGCUAAGAGUACCCCAACUGUGGAAGCUGAGGAAGCAGGCAUAGUUUGUACUCCUAACCAUGAAGACCAUGCUUCGGGGGAUGCUCAAGCUCACAUUGACAGCCGAGAUAAAAAUGAAAUUGGGACUGAAGAACUAAAACCAAAGACAUCUAUACCUUCCUCUAUCAAAAUCUCGCAAGGUAGAUCUUCCAUUACCCCCAAACGCAACUCCUCUAUUAGUUCUAUCCCCUUGAAAAAACCCUCCAGUCCUUCCAAGUCCUUCUCUUCCACCCCUAAAUGCAUCUCUUCUAUCGCCUCCCGAUCAACCAGUACAGGAAUAAAAGAAAAAAACAGCAAGGGUCCAGAUAUGAAAAGUGCAUCGAAGAUAGCAGCCCCACGCUCUGCUGCGGCCCAGAAUCAGAAGAGCCCAGCCAGUGUGUCUCGGAUCCCUUCAAAAACUCCCACUGUUCCUAAGACACCACCGAGCCUCACUGCUAAAAAGGAGCAGAGAAGGCCCCCUAGCACAGCAGCAAAAUCUGAGAGAGGUGAGCCAACCAAGUCUGGAGAAAGAAGUGGGUACAGCAGUCCUGGAUCUCCAGGAACCCCCGGCAGUCGCUCUCGCACACCUUCCUUGCCAACUCCACCAAACAGGGAGCCCAAGAAGGUUGCAGUGGUUCGUACACCACCAAAAUCUCCUUCUUCUGCCAAGAGCCGCUUGCAGACAGCUCCGGUCCCCAUGCCGGACCUGAAGAAUAUCAAGUCCAAAAUUGGUUCUACUGACAACUUAAAGCAUCAACCUGGGGGUGGAAAGGUGCAGGUGGUUAAUAAGAAGCUGGACUUUAGCCAUGUCCAAUCCAGGUGUGGAUCAAAGGAUAAUGUCAAACAUAUCCCAGGAGGAGGCAGUUUUUGUGGACAUAUACCUUAUGUUUUACAUCAAAAAAGCGCCCUCAGUUUCAAAUCUCCAUCUUCUGGAGUUUUUUGCAGAAAGCUUUUGUUCAGUCUUGCUUGGUUAAAUGAUUCUUCCAACUGUGUUUCUUCUCCAAACAAGUUCCAGUAUUUUGUAUGUCUCACUUUUUCAGCCUAUUUUGGGUAUUUUUUUUUUAAAUUUAAAAUAAAUUCCAAUCCCAUAGCGUACAGUUGUUGUUGUUUUUUUAUUUUCUUCUCACAGAUACAAAUUGUAUACAAACCAGUGGAUCUUAGCCAUGUAACGUCCAAAUGUGGAUCUCUGGAUAACAUUCAUCACAAACCAGGUGGUGGAGUGGUAGAGAUGAAAUCUGAGAAACUGGAUUUCAAAGAUAAAGUGCAAUCAAAAAUUGGGUCAUUAGAUAACAUCACCCAUAUUCCUGGAGGAGGAAAUAAGAAGAUUGAGAGUCACAAAUUGACCUUUCGUGAGAACGCCAAAGCCAAGACUGAUCAUGGAGCUGAAAUUGUCUACAAAUCACCCACUGUUUCUGGAGAUGCUUCUCCACGCCGCCUUAGCAAUGUCUCUUCUACUGGAAGCAUCAACAUGGUGGACUCCCCUCAACUGGCCACAUUGGCCGAUGAAGUUUCUGCUUCCCUGGCCAAGCAAGGCUUGUGAUUGUAUUGUAGUGUUGGAGAUAAUAACAGAAAAAUUAACUCUGGCCUUUUUUUUUUGUUCACCCCCCCAUCCCAUCUUCAUCCCCCAUCAUUUCUAUUUAUUUUAAGUUAAUAACUCUUUUAUCUGUUCCCUCUCCUUCCUCCAGUUAAACAGUCAUCUGUGGUCUCAGGAUUUCAUAAUUGUUAACUUGGAAGCAAAGAUUUCCAUCCUGUGUGGACUAAGCUGUUUAAAAAGUCUCCCUUCACCUCAUCCCAAACAAAAAGAAACGUAAUUGAACAGAGAUAAACUUGUGAUGUUUGAAAUCUCAAACGUGGGGAUGUAACAUGGUAUCUUCUGCUGUACAUGCUCAUUUUGGCCAAGUUUUUUCCAUUGAAAUUUAAAGCAUAGAAGCAUAGAAGCCUUAAACAAUCAUGGCUGCUGAUUUAGUAUCGAAGUUACUGCAGGUCCAUAGAUUUCCAGUGUACAAGCUGACCUUCAAACUUCUCUCCUGCUAGAGCUGGAAUGCUAGGCUUUAAUAUUUGAAGUAUAUUUCUUUCUUUGAAGGAGAAAUUUUUAUAUAGGAAAGAGAGCUUUUGAAAGGACUGUUACAUUACAUAUGUAUCCAUUCUUUUUUGGUACUGAGAAUUUUUGUGAACCAGGUUUAAAAGUUCAACAUAUAACUAAACUGCAUGCUUUGGAUAAUUAAGACAUAAGCCAAAACUGCCUUGAAAGCCUGCAGAAUGCCAGUUCUCUUUAUUUUAAUUGAAAUGAUGUAUUUUAAAGGCAAUAGCUUAUCCAUUUUUUGACUGUACCUAAAAUUAACCUUUGACUUUAGAUUGUAGUCAUACCUAUUGAAAUAAUUGGACUUGAUUUUUUAUAUGCUAGGUUUUUAAUUUUAAUGGAUCGGUUAUAUUCUUUUUUCUCUUUUUUCAAAUAGUAACUAUUGCCUCUCUUCCACCCACUUCACCUUCAAGCUCCAUGAUUUUGUCACACCAUAAAAACUUGUCCAGAGUUGCUAGGGAAGAAGCAGAUUUGACUUUGUGUUCAGCCCAAUUGGCCUGGUUGCUCUAAUGUUUUUUGUAAAUGUAGAAAUUUGUGAGAUAGAGGUAUGGCUCUAGGCAUAUUUAAAAAUAAAGGAAUUGAUGUACUUAUUUAUGGUGCAUGCAGGUGUUUUUUAGGAAGGACAAUUGCGUGGAAGGACAUCAGUUGAGCAGAUGUGGGAAUAUAUAUAUCUUGACCUAUAUCUCAUACAUCUUUAGAGAACAUGUUUAUGUAAUAUUUGUGUAUUUGAAAGAAGCAUCACACAUCAAAAAUCAUAGCCAGAAGAACACUUUCAAUAGUUACUAUUCAGUUACUAGUACAUUAUUCAAGGGACUCUUUAGCACCUCAGAUAUUGCAGAAUUACAAUGUGCACUCAACUAUAUAAAUCUAACCAUCAAGCUGUUAGGGAUGCUAGGAGUUGUAAUUCAGCAAGAGCAGAAUAGUUGUAAUAAGAACUAGCUGUGAGGGAUGUAUGUCUGUUAAGCUCACUUACUGUAAUGCAGCAAGCACUGCCUCUAAAAAGGACAUUUGAUUUCUGGAGAUCUGUGGACUUUAAUUGAUCCACUGUGAAGAAACAUAAUUUUCAUAAGGCAAGUUCCAUGAAACCAUUGAUUUAACAAGCUUUUGUGCUGUUGGGAGAAAUUUUUCUGUGCUAAGGGGAUAUAUUUGAUGUUCCACAAAAAUAUUGCUGGAUUACAACUCCCGUCUUCUUGCAUUACCUGUCAUGGUGACUAUGAGUAAAUUUAGAGUCCAACAAUAUUUAGAAGCUGCUGAUUUGCUCCAGUAAGGGUACUGUAAGUGAAAAGGCUCUUUUCCUUUGCUCUCCAUUUUUUAAUUUUAAAACAAGAUAUACUCCUUCAACCAUCUAUGUUAUGUGAAAUAUAUCUGCGAAGGGCAACAAAAUUAGACUAAGUAGAAAUUGUGAAUAACUGGUUUGUCCUUUUCUACCAGAUGUAGCCAUAGAUGCUUGAAUUUGCCGAGACAUUUUUUUAAGAUGAUUUGAAUGAAACUUAAAAAGAACAUAAAAAUACGGAGUUUUAUAGGGUGAGUAGAACAAGAAAAAGUAUUGGAUCAAUUACAGUGGAGUGCUUUAAGAGCACGUAAGAACAUCUAGUUGGUUUUACAGAUAUGUCAUUCUUUCCACAAUAACUGAAGCUUGCAGUGUGUACAAUCAUUAUGGGGUUCAUUGCUAUUGAAUUGUUUUCUUGGCUGCUUUUCUACACUCAGAGCAAUGGUAGGAAAUUUACUUGGUGAUCAUCACUUUCCAACCUGAGUUCAUGGCAUCCCUUUAGACUGUAAUGAAAACCUCUGCUUUGUAUCCUUUCUAGGAUGAGCCAAAUCAUAAAGAGAUUGGUUUUUAUCUGCAUGCUGUAGUUUUAUGCAUGUGACCAAAGGUGAUCAUGCUAACUCAAAAAUCUGGUCUGCAUGUGUUUGACAGCAAAAAUUGACAAUGAUCAAAGCUGAAAGGUGCUAGGCUUUUAAGAAAACUGGUUUGCUCUGGAAGCAAUCUAUUUUUUAACAUAUUGAUCUAAUUUCAAGUCUGUAAUUCUGAAAUUACCAAAAUCAGGACACCUUAGUAGGCAACAGAUUGAGCAUCCAUGGUAACAAAGAAAUUUCGUUUUCCAAGCCAAUUAAAAGAAGGCCAGGGCGGCUGUUAUCAUUUACGUUAUGAUCCUUAAUACCUGUCAUAUUCUGGGGAGGGAGAAGGGGUAGAGGAGCAGCACCUGGCUGAACAAAUCACACAAGUUGAUAAUUUUUGGGUCAGCAGCAUUGCUCUUUAGAUUUGCUGUAAAACAUGUUUAUUGGUGGUACCACCAUCCCUUUUUCAGUACUAAGAUAAAGGUCAAGGGGAAAUCACUUGCCCGAUCAGUUCAAUUGAGGGCUGCAGUUUGCUCUUUUUUAUAUGCUAAUCAAUCAUCUGGACCAUGUGAAGAAAGUUUUGACAAGCAGAACUUGGGGAUCUGAAGGGGAGAGUGGUUGGACAGAAUUAUGGAUAGCUUCUAGAGCCAAGGAGGUAUUUUACUCCAAGAUAGCGCUCAAAUAGAAGAGAUUUUGCAGAGGAUUCAUCUGUACAUCAACAAUCACUUUCCGAUCAUUUAUAAGCCUGUUGUUACCUCUGUAGUUAAGUUAGGAUGGUAAAUUUCUUUCUUAAAUCUAAAAAUAAUCAAAUAGAAAAAUCCUCUCACUGAGAAGCUUUUACACUAUGCCAGUGUUUCUCAAUCUUGACAAUUUUAAGGCAUGUGGACUUCAACUCCCAGAAUUCCACAGCCAGCAUUGCUGGCUGUGGAAUUCUGGGAGUUGAAGUCCACAUACCUUAAAAUUGUCGAAGUUGAGAAACACUGCACUAUGCUAUUGAUUUCUUUUUGCUUGCAUUUGAUGUCUUUGGGCUGGAAAAUCUUACAAUAUCUUACAACAGGCAGCAACUGUAGUAGCAUAAGCCUAAAAAAACACCCCAUUUGAUAACCCUCUUUCUUCAGCAUUGAACAGUGAAGAGCAAAUGCUCUAUUUCUAGAAAGAGUAUUGGUCCUCAAGUCCUUUUUCAGAAAAUUAUGCCUUGCCUCCAUUCACAUUUUUACUAGUGCUUAAAUUCUCUUUCCAAAACAUUACGCACAUAUUUAAGUGUUCUGAAUUCUUUCGCCUACCCUGUUUUAGCCAUUUUUUUUAAUCAUAGGUCCCAUUUCCCAACUGUAUUUUGAUUGUCUUUGUGUCCUUCUAGGAUUCACAGACGUUUUCCCCCAGAUGGCGAAGACCCAUGGUGGUUCCAGAUCGAAGCCAUCUUAAACUGGCUUAUUUCUUGUCUUGGUAUAUAAAUAUACAUAUCUAGGGCUUAAAAGUGUUAAAACAUGACGUAUUGGUUUUGAAGUUCAUAAAAUGGGGCUUUAUUAAAUAAAUUUGCAAGUAUAAAAACGGGACAAUGGAGUUUGGAAAACACCAUCAUUCCCUUUUAAAAGUUUUUUUCAGAGAUGGGGAAACUGGGAGGGGGUGGGAGGGGCAUGAGAUCUCCGUAUGGUCAUCCUAGCUUAGCUACCUGUCUGUAACUGUCCAUGUUGUAUUUGUGUGUUUUAACAAUUGGUUCACACUGACUGUUGCUGUAAAAGUGAAUUUGGAAAUAAAAAGUCAUUACUACAAUAUUAAA